AUGAACUACCUCAAGAUCUCUUCUACAAACCAGAUCAUCAACAAGCUUAUUUGUGGGUGCAGCAAGAGAAAUGCAUCUUUAAGUGGCAGUGCAAAGCUGCAAGAAUUGAAGAAUAUGAGGAAUUCACAGCUUGGCUUGGGACCUCGUGGGGCAGGUUGCAUUGAUGAUGCUGAGAAUGAAGAGGAAGAAGCUGGUGAUUGCAUUGGAGGGCAGAAGAAGAAGCACAAGGGGCAAAGCAUCAUUGUGAACAUUUGUGUGGAUGGCACUGACUGCCAGGAACCUUUCACAAGGCACAGCAGCCCACACAAGAACUUUCACUUUUGCCACCCUUUGGUCACUCUAGCCAUGGACUCUGCCUGCAAAGCAGAAGUGUCUAAGCUCUUCCAUAGCAGCCUCCCUGUGAACCAGAAGCUGCAGCAGAUCCUGACUUGUCUCUCCAAAGCUGGACUAGUGCAUGAGACCAUCUUGAAACCAGAAGAUAUAUUAGUUCAUGAGGCCAACCGAGCUGGAGCUAUGGUCAAUGGCUUUGAUGCUAUAGCAAAAGGGCAGCACAUUGAACAGACAGGCUUGAAACCACAAUUGCUGCCCUUGGGUUCUGUGUGCAUGGAAAUGAACCCCAAAAAGAGAAGCCAGCAACUAGCAGCCAAUGUGGCCAUGUGUGAGAAGGCAUCUGGUAUGCUUGGGUCUGUCAAUGGACAAGAAAAGUUCCUGAGCCUGGGCACUUCACAUUUUGUGAUGUAUUGCAGAGCUUUACAACAGCAUGCCACAGCACCAGAUGGAUCAAAGCUACAGCCUUUGCCUGAAUUCUUGCCACUCUUGCAGGAAGGGUGGAAGUGGACCAUUCUGUCCUACCAGAUAGAGGAUGAGUUUCCAACCUUCACCAUGGUGUCAAGCUACAUUGAACUCUGUUUGAAAUUUGGGCCUACCAUUUUGGUAGGGGAGGACAACAUGGCCCUGCUCGCCUACCAUGACUUCAGAGUCAGCGUGCAAGGUGAUCAGAUGUUGUUCACCAGACUGGCCUUGCUCACAACCAUGUUGACAACCACCAAGGUGUCAGAUGGGGUAUCCAAGCUUAUAGUCAAAUCUGACUUCGACAAAAUGACCAGGUCCCUUCAAAAACAGGCUGUGCAGAUGGAGCACAUACUCAGAGAGGCCUGGAGGCAAGAGGACCACCAUGUCACCCCAGAGAGGAAGGCUUCUGCUUUUGGAAAGCUUUCAGUGAGGAUGCGCUUGCUUUUGCUUGGCAAGCAGAAGUUUGGGAGGGACCCUGUGCUGGAUAGCUUUGAAGAGAUCACCAAGAUGUAUGGUGAGGACCUUGCAGGCACAAAGCCUGAGGCCUUGAGCUCUUCCACCACUGCCAAGCCAAAAUGUCAGCCAGUCAGGGACCUCCUCAAUGCUUCUGCUCAAGAGGUUGCCCUGCUGCAGAAUUCUCACCUUCACUUGGAUGGAAGGUAUCAGCACAAAGACUACCCAGAGAUUGUCUUCACAUUGGCUGAAGUGACAGAUGGGCAGUGCAAGUUCCUCCACAAGCCAUUGUUUGGUGAGGAGGUCAGUGUGCUAGUGGACUUUGCAGAUGUGAAGACAUGGAAGGCUACCAAAAGACAGCCUUCAACCUUGAUUCCCAAAGAUGUGGCAAUGUCCAGGUUGGCCUGGAAAACACCAAGCUGGGUGGCUGAGCAAAUGAAGACCUACACCCAACAGGUUGUGAAAGAGACUUUCUUGGACAAGCUGCCUGAGGUGGAGCUCCAGUUCUCUUUGUUCCCAUGUGCUGUGCACACUGCCACCAAAAUCAAAAAGAAUGACUUGCAACUCUACCCUGUGGGCACCAUCCAGCCUGUCAAGGAUUCUGAGUCGCACAAGCUCAGAGGCAUCCCUGUUCAGUACAAAGGUGCCAAGUUCCAGAUCAUGCCACCCAGGGCUUUGUCUUCAUUGGAGGAAGAUGUUCCUGGCACAUUGGUGCCCUUUCAUUGCCUGAGCCAAACUGAAGAUGAAUCAGAAGUCAACAUGCAGUUGAAGUGGAUGACUGUGAAGGGGGCCUCCAUCCCCAGCUUUAUCAAUUCAGCAAGCUUGGCAGCCAAUGCUACUUUGUGCGUUGUGAAGCAGCCAUGGGAAUUUCCUGGCUCGACUGACUGGUAUGAGCAGUGGGACACUGCAGGUGGCAAUGAUGACCAGCCUACAUGGACUGGCUAUGACAGUGAGCAGGCUGCCUGGGAUGCCUGGGAUGACUGGGGUGAGCCUCAACGGAAGAAGACUACAUGGCAAGAUGAUUGGGGUGAGCCUCAAUGGAAAGAUGACUGGGGUGAGCAUCAUUGGGAACAUGUAGAUACCAUUGAAGAGGAGGAGGUUGAAGAGGAGGAGGAGCAAAAUGAAGAGUAUGAUAAAGGAUAUUUCCAGACACUGGUUGCUAUGGGCUUGGACAAAGAGUCUGUGGAGCGCAGGGAGAUGGAAAGGAAAAACAAGCUUGGCCCCAAGGCCCAUGUGGACAAGGAUGCUGAAGAGUUUUCAUUCCCACCAAGACUGGCUGGUUCAAUCAGUGCUGCUUGGCGAUGGCCUUGUACAAGACACAGAGGCAAGGACUACUCAACAAGGUGGUGGCCAAUCUUGCAGAGCACGACCAAAUGA